AUGACUUACCGCGCGUCCCCUCACAUCGCCUUAUCACCUGCGGCUGUUGUAAAACAACUCCACGACCUCAUUCCCGAGUUCGCCAAUGCCCUCCUCCUCCCGCAUCACGUAACGCGAUUCGUGGCCAUAUUCUGCCAGUCAAAACAUAUCCCUCGGUUAUUGGAUGUCUUCGUUUCUUACUGGAACUAUAUAUGGUCUACGAAACAAUGCCUCAGCCACUUUGUCGUCCCCCGGGCGCUGAAGCCGUGGAUACACUUUCCUCCCAACCCACUGCCUUUUUCCACGCAAACCACCGCUUCCCCAACAACCAUUAACACACAUCCACCAUGGCAAUUUACUCUGGGCCCCUUUAACGGCUCCCUUCUCGACCUCUUCCUCGACAUCUUCACGCUGUCAAAAUUCUACGUCAUGUUUCUGCUCUUGAACGUCGAAGAGGGUUGGAGACAGGCAUUCACACUUCCACUGUUGGCAGAUAUUUGCGCCGCUCGUUUGGACUGCAGAUGUCGCGGAAAACGACCAUCAAAUCCAUAUCGCCUCCUGACCAGUCUUUGCAUCUCGCGUCUUCACCAACGGCUUUCCCAAAAAAUUGUUUACAACAACAAAUCGCACGAUUUUGUCCCGCCACCAUUCCACGACCUCGUUCUCGAUGUUGUUCCUCCCUUCCUCCUGAUAUCGGUCCUGUCCACCUUCUUCUGCUCCGCCUCCUGGAUUGGACACCGCGCGAUACAGGACGCUCAUAUACUUCAAGAUGAACACUUACAUGCGCACGAACCCGUUCCAUUCCGUCUUCCGACCGCCACAUGUCGACCAAAUCCGAAUUCUCCAUUACACCACUUUCGAGCACAAACGAACGACUUCCCCGAUAUCAGAUCUCCCUCUUCCAGCACGCGCGCUUGUCGCAGGACGACUCCCUUGGCCAAAUUCGACUCUCUAGAUGCCCUUCCUCCUCAUCUCCUUGAUAUAUCGCCAUAUCCUGCCGUUUUUCUGUCUCCAAACCUUUGCUCGCUCAUCUUCCGUGUCAUUGACGUGUGGAAUAAUUGUGUCUCGAGCAAGAAUCAUCGUCGUUACCUCACUUCGUCGAUGAUUGCACCGAUACAAGCCCUUGGGCCUCCCCCGUUUAGAGCCACAAGCGAUGGCCCCGUUCCGAAUUUGCUUCCAGGCCAGGCGACGAGCGCUGUCUUCACUCGUUCUCGCCAAUUUCUACACAAUCUGCGGGUGUUCUACGGGGAGCUAAAGCGGUAUGGAGUCGAGGGGGAUGGCGUGUGCAUGCUGAUGUGGCUGCAAUACAUAAUGUCAUCCGGUGGGGGCGGAUUUUGGAUGUCGGUCUUCGUCUGGAUGCCUGACCAGACAUGA